CUGAGUGAUCCAGCGUACUGAAAGAGCAGAGGAAUCCCAGACAGUUUCUCGGAGUUGACUUUCUCCUCCUUCUUUGACUCUUGGAUGUUUGUAAAAUGUCCGGGUUCCAGGAUCUUUCUGUUUUUCCUGCGGAGGUCCAGCAGCUGUCAGUUAAUAAAGAAGAGGUUUCCCCAGAGCAGCAGGUGAGGAGAUCCAGUUUGAACCAAGAGAUUACUCAGUCUCUGCUCAUUAAAGAGGAACCAGAGGAGCUCUGGUGGGGCAGUAAAGAGGAAGAGCAACUUCAGGGGCCAGAGGAGGCUUGUAUCAACAGAUCAAGUUUUCUUCCCUUCCCUGUGAAGAGGGAAGACGAUGCAGAGAACCCUCAAUCCUCAGAGCUUGGUCAUAGAAAAACUGCUGGAAUGGGACCAGGGGCUGAUGGAAACAACUGUGGAAGAGCAGGAGCUGCCAGGUACUUUGAUCCAGAAGAAGAUUUACAGCCAGAGACUGAGUUUAAGACUGAAGCUUCUUCUGAAGCUGAGACUGAUGACAGUGCUGAUUGGAUGGAGACAACAGAACACCUGUCUUGUAUGAACUCAGUGGUAAAUAUGAGAGAAAAGACUGAUAAUAAAUCACAUCACUGCUCUGAGUGUGGCAGAAUAUUUAAAAAGAAAGGGCAUCUAAAAGAACAUAUGAGAAUGCACACAGGAGAGAAACCCUUCAGCUGUUCUGAGUGUGGUAAAAGAUUUUCUCGACAAGGAAAUUUGACCAAACACACCAGAAUCCACUCAGGAGAGAAACCUUUCAGCUGCUCUGAAUGUGAUACAAGAUUCACUCAACGAGGUUGUUUGACUAGACACAUGGUACUUCACACUAGACAGGCACUCUUCAGCUGUACUGAGUGUGGUAAGAGGUUUAACCUUGAGAGUCAUCUGACCAAACAUUUUAGAAACCACCCAGGGAAGAAACCUUUCUGCUGCUCUGAUUGUGGUAAAGGGUUUAACAAAAGAAAAUGUCUCACCAGACAUAUGUUAGUUCACAAUAGAGAAAAGCUCUUCAGCUGCUUUGAGUGUGAUAAAAGCUUUGCCCUUAAACAUCAUCUGACAAAUCAUAUGAGAACGCAUUCAGGAGAGAAACCUUUCAGCUGCUCUAUGUGCAGUACAAGAUUUGCCCAACGAGAUUCUCUGGCCAGACAUAUGUUAGUUCACACUCGACAAAAGCCUUUCAGCUGUUCUGAGUGCAGUGCAAAAUUUACCCAACGAGGCUCUCUGACCAGACAUAUGUUAGUUCACACUAAGCAGAAACCCUUCAGCUGCUCUGAGUGUGGUUAAAUGUUUAGCCUUGAAAGUCAUAUGACCAAAUGUGAGAAAAAUUUAAAUGGGGGAGAAACUUUUCUGCUGUCUGAUUGUGGGAAAAAGUUUUAACAAAAAAAAAAAAAAAAAAAGUCUCAUCAGACAUAUGUUGAUUCAUAGAAUGUAGGAAUGAACCACCACUAUGUGGUUGAAUUCUGAAAAAGGAAUAUGAACUAAUGCAAAUCAGAUGACUAUCAGUUUAACGGCCUUAUGACAGAAGGACUAAAAAUUAAACAUAGUUUGUUAUCUAACAGGAUGUUAUAAAGCAGCAGCCUGGGGAUGUUAAAGUGAACUCAGUGGACAGGAUGUGGUCAUUUUUGGAAACUAUUGCUUUAGCUUUUGUACCACCUGCCUUUCCCACAAAGAAUGCAGAUCUCUCUGCUGGACCCUGACUAUUUUGGAGCAGACCUUAACAAUACUGUUAAGACUGUUCUUGUCUUUGACGGACAGGCCAUCGAACCAACAAAUAAAAAAAAAGAACCUAAAAGGGUUUUAAUAAAGGACCUGUCAGAAAACUAAAUAUUUUGUCACAGACAUUAAAGGACUUUAACUUCCUCAGUAAAUGAAUUAUUUGUCAUUCAAAUGUAGUUUAUGGAGCAAGUUUGAUCUCCUUUGGGCCACGGUGUGCGACAUCUAAUGUUGAACAAGAGUUAAACAGAGUUACUCUGAUGACCACUCAACAAUCACUGUUUUAACAUUGUCCUUUUUGGCAGUAAUACAUCUUUUUCUACCCAGUAGAGUCAUAUACCUCUAUUUGUAUUUUAUUGAUAUUUUAUAUUUAAUUUUA